CAGCCGUUUCGCACGUCGUCCACCGUCGCCAUCGCCGUCGUAGCCGAAGCUCCCGUCCCUACGGUUUCGUCACUGUGUACGGUGUUCGUGAUUCCUCGGACCAAUCAGAACGUUUCUGUAGUCGUGUCCGCUCCCGUCGUCCGUUACAGGGUGUCGUCUUUAUCGGUAUAAUAAUUUGUUCAAUAUUUUUAAUCGCGACCGUCGUGUACAGAACUCGCUCUCUUUCUCACGCUCUGCCCAUCUCGCUCUUAUCUGUGUGGCGGUAUCACCGCGGUGUCUGAUAGGCCAAGACGGUGCCAAACAACUUGUACGGUUAAUAGAGUCCGCUGACACGGCGUAGUGCGUAUACACAUUUUCCCGUGUUUCGCGUACGGACCUUGACGUAUACGGUCGACUCGAGUAAUUGGAACCGCGAGUGGCUGGUCUGGACUCUGGACGGGCUCAAUAUUAUAAUCCAAUAUUUGAUUGUUUUUCACUUGUGAAAAUUAGAUGGUAGCGCGUGCGUUUCGCGUCGUUUUCGUAUGCUAGUGUUUGUGUGUGUUUGGCCGUGACGACGACACGAGCAGCGACCAGAGGCGGCGGCGGCGGAGUCGUAUAUACCAAGUAGUAGUGGUUCUCUAAGUAGGACACAAACCGCGCACACCGCCUUGCCACCACUGGGACACGCCGCAGCUGCAGAGGUAAACGAACUGUGCGCCCAACUUGCAGUCUGUGUGUGUAAAAUCGUGUGUGUUCAAAUCCAACUGGACCAUCACUAUCUGGCAACAGCAUCUGCAAAAGACGUCCAGUACGCAUUUUGUAGUAUGAUAUCAGAAUUAGUUUUGUGGUACUAGAAGACGAAAUGCAAAUAAGCCGAAUGCCUAUCCCGACUGAUGAAUGUGCGAGCAGCGAAAUGUCUGUUGAUGUUGUUAACCAUUCGGAUAGUAGUAAAUCUGAAUCAGUAAACAAGUUAAGUACCAAUGGAGAUGAACACAAACAACUAAAUGGAAAUUCAGUUGAGAAUUUAAAAGAAAUAACAAUUGAGCUAUCUGAUAGUACUGAAAAUGUUGAAGAAGAGUUGGAAGGUAAAAAUCAAUCGGACAACUCAUCUUUAAACAUAAAUAAUGACAAACCAAAUAACAAUAAACCAAAUGAUGAAAGUAUUUCUGUAAAAGAAACAGAUAAAAAUAAUUUAGAAACAAAUAUAUUAGAUGAAAAUGAGUCUGAAAAAAACAACUCUGAAACGAAUAAACUAAAUGAAAGUAUACUCGAUGAUGAUAAGUCAGAUAAAAAAAACCAAACAAUAGAUAAACUAGAAGAAAAAAUAACAACAGAAGACAAAUUAAAAGAAAGUAUUAAUAAAGGCUCAAUUACAGAUAUUGAUAACAUAGUAGAAAAAACUACUUCAGUCGUUCAAAAAGAUGAUGGUAAUGUGGAAUCAUUGGAAGUAGAUCAAGAUGAACAUCAUUCUGAAGACUGUAGUAUUAGUAGGAAUAUGGAUAUAAAAAAAGAGCAAGAAUCAGAAAAUGAAAUCACUGAAACGGAAAAUGCACAAAACUCCGAAAAAUUAACAAAUGGAGAGUCAAGUCUUACAGAGGACAGAGUGAAACUCAGUGAUGUUGAAACCAGUCAACCAAAUGGUGAAACAUUACUUAGUGAUGAAGACAAAAGUAUUAAAUUAGAAGUUGUCAAAGCACCACCCGAAGAUGAAGAAAAAUCUACUAUGGAGGAAGACAUAUGCAGUGAAGUUAGCAUGGAGACACUUUCACCCAAACAAAAUGAAGAACCAGUCGUAGUUCGAAAGAGGUCUGCGGCUAGCCACGACGAACUGAGUGCUGUGAGUGGAGCUAGUAGUGAUAAUGAUUUACCGAAAACGAAGAAGUUACGAUGUGAUGACGAUGUUUCUUUAUUGAAAGACGAUACCAGAGAAAGGUUAAUUAAGAACAUUGUACAAUCCAGUGGAAAGAGUGAAGUAGAAUUAACCAGGAAUAUAGAGAAAAUACAAAAUGAAAUUAAAGUGAUCACUGAGAUAGCUCAAAAUAAACGUGAUGAACUAGUAACCCUUAUUAGAUUGCAAAAGCUUAAGGAAGAAAUUAUCGAAAGACUAAUGAUUAAAGUUAAAGAAAUUGAUGCUGCUAAAACAGAUAACAGUAAAGAUUGGAAUUUGCCAGAAAUGUUUCAAAUUAACUUGAGUCAACCGGAACACAUGCUAAGUGAAAAGUGUAUAACAGAUAUUAUUGAUGGUCGUGACCCUCAACUCGAAAAAUUAGUGUCUACUAGUUACGAUCAUAAUAGCUCCAUUACUACUGCCAUUCCAACAAUAUCGUCGGUGGCUUUAAUGUCACCUAGCUCUUCUCAAUCAAAUGAUUGGACUUUGGCGGACAGACUUAGUCGUAUAAAUCGUAUACAGAGACCAAUACUACCCAAGCCUACUACUAAUAAUCAAAAGGAAGGCCGCCAAGGUCCGAUUCUAGAUGUUAAAUUAAUAAUUGCUGAUCACAGGUCAAAAAAUCCUGAAACAGUUGUGCCGAAAAGAGGUCGUCGUAAAGUCCCUAACGAUUUUUCUGUUCCAACGUCUUCUUCACCUCUACGUUAUCCCAGUCCCUUAAGUUACCCUAAUUCAAUUCAUAUCCCCAAUGAUGUUAACUUUAAACCACUUGCGUCAAAUAUUCACGGAAUCCCUAACAAUAUAAUGGAGCAGCACACUCCUGAUAUUAAUCGAUUCAAAGACGUUCCUGCGUUUCCAGAAGUUACGUUACAUCCAGUUUCACAACCUAUGCAACAAUUUCAACAACAGCAGCAAUUGCAGCAGCAGCAACAACAACACCAGCAACAGUUGCAGUUACAGCAACAGCAACAAAACACAUCACUUUUGCAUGGCAUUUUAACCAAAGGAACUGGCAAUCAUCACUUACCUGUUAGUUUGCCAAGUCAUCCCACGACCUAUUCUCCUACGUUAGCAAGACUGCUUACGGCUCCAGAGCGUUGCAAACAAAUGAGGGGAAAACGACAAAUACCUACAGCUACAGUGGUCUCUUCUAAUGCGCAAACGCGUAAUGAGAUUACUAUUACCCCGGUUCAGAGUACUUCAAUGUCUUCAACUUUUCAUCAAAAAUCAAAUGUUACGUCAAAUAUUCAGCCUACACCAGUAGACGAUGAAGACGCAUCUGAUAGAUUAGUCAUAGAUGAGGGACAAGACUCAAUGAAUGUGGGUUCCCCGUCCAACGCGCCUCAAUGUCAAGGGUGCAUGCAAAAACCUGCACAGUUUGUGUGUGCUGGAUGUGGUAACCAAUGGUACUGCAGCAAAGACUGUCAAAUUGAUGCUUGGGAUGAUCAUUCGGAAGUGUGUAGCGGAUAAGAACUAUAGGCUUUAUCUUCAGCACUAUGUGCCAAACAGAUCUCGUAAAUAUUUAAUUUAAUAAUUUGUAAAAUAUAAUCUAGGUACUUUGUUAAUCUUAAAUAUUUAUGAGAAAAACAAUCCAUAAGUAAAAUUUCUUUUACACAAGUAGACAAUUAAUUCCUAAGAGAUGAUAGUCAUGUUUGUUGUGUUUUUCUUUAAUAAUAACAAUGUAAUAAACAAAAUAUCAGACAAGUAAACACUUAUGUGUUUAUAUUAUUUGUAUUUCAUAAAUAUUGUAAUCGAGUGUUUUCCUUAUAUCUUUAAGUUUAAAUGUCAUGCUAUCAUUGUUAUUUGUAUUGUUUAAGUCUCACACUUUGGUUAGUUUAGGGCCAAAUUCUGUCUAUUGACUAAGUACAAAUAGUAUCAAUAUUAUAUUAUUAUUUUAUUCAAAACCCAUGAAUAAUAGGUUAAAAAUUGUAGUCUGAAUUUUCUUAAGAUCUAUGUUUAACUUCUAUAUCUAUGCAAAAUUGUACCUAUACUAGACAAAUGAUAAGACAUAUAUUUAUUUCUUGUAAAUGAAUAUAUUAUAUUUAUUAGCCAA